CCAGACCAGAAAAAGCAACAAACGUGUGCAAUGGAUCCAGCACGUGUGAAGCUUCUAGGGAUGUGGGCGAGUUCUUACACUCACCGAGUCCAACUCGCUCUCAAGCUCAAGGGUGUGGAUUUUGAGUACGUAGAAGAAGAUCUGACCAACAAAAGCCCAUUGCUCUUGCUCUGUAACCCGGUCCACAAAAAGGUUCCGGUUCUCUUGCAUGGCAACGAACCGGUUGUCGAGUCGACCGUUAUCCUCGAAUACAUCGAUGAGACGUGGAAGGAGAACCCCAUCAUGCCCGAUGGCCCAUACGAAAGAGCGGUCGUGCGCUUCUGGUCCCGUUUCGCUGAUGAAAAGUUAGGCCCGGCGGUGGGGGACGUAUUUCGACUGACCGGCGAAGAGCAAAAGGCGGCUGUCGAUCAGGCUUUCAACAACCUAAAGUUGCUCGAAGAUGAGCUUCGAGACGGGUUCUUCAAAGAGAGGAGAUUCUUCGGGGGCGACGGUAUUGGUCUCCUAGAUAUUGUCAUAGGGUGCGGCUCGUAUUGGUUAUGGGUCUUUGAAGAGGUUGCCGGGGUGAAGCUUGUCGAUCCGAGCACAUUUCCUCGGUUCCAUUCAUGGCUACAAGAUUUUGAAGAUCAAAAGGAAGUGAAGGAGAUUACACCAGGCGGAAAUCGGUUGCUAGAGUAUGCUAAAGGGCUUAGACAGAUGAUAGUGAAUCACAAGAGUGAUUAAGAUGGUUAAGUAGUCUUUGAUUAAGCUCUAAUUUAAGUAGAGGUGUGCAUGGAGUGGUACUAAUGUGCGCACUUGUGUGAUUAUGCCAUGAUGUGGUGGUUAAUGUU